AUGCCUUCCAAUAUCCUCCUGUUGAUCCUCUUUGCCAUCAUUUCUGCGCACGCAGCCCCCAUCAUCAAGGGCAACGACCAGCUGAUCAAAACCUUUCUCGACAUCUCCAAAGGGCUCGACGCUUUCCAGAUGACCAAUUGCUCACUGGCAAAUGCUACCUUGCCCAUCUACAACGCCGGGCCCCAGCUUCCUCCCCCGUCUAACGGACUUCACCUCGCAUACGUGGUCGUCGGUCGCGGAACACAGAACUACAGCUGCACAACCGGCAACGAAGAAGCCGCCCCUACCGCCGUGGGUGCUUCUGCUACACUCUUCGACGCAUCAUGCCUUGCGCCGAAGAUGCCGGAGAUCCUCCACAGUCUUCCACCCGUGGUGGCCGACACGCCGUCCGCUACUCUUGAUUUCAUGGCUCUCCUUGUGAACCGCGUGUUCACGACGUCGGGCAGCGGUCUCUUUCUGGGGGAACAUUACUUCACCAGCGCUGGGGUCCCGUUCUUUGAUUUUCGACUUGGUGGGAAGCACAGUUGGAUCGCAGCGAAGAAGAGUGAUAGUGUUUCCGCUCCGCGGAAGGAGGACGUCUCUUGGCUGAAGCUUACCGCUGUUGAUGGGAGGGGGGUUAAGGAGGUAUAUCGUGUCCAUACGGCCGGGGGACAGCCGCCGUCUACUUGCAAGGGACAGGAGCAACUAUUCCAGGUGGAAUAUGCGGCGGAGUAUUGGUUUUAUGGAUGA